AUGACGAGCGUCGCGAUCGCACCACCGCCAGAGCUGCGCAGAACCAUCCUGCGAGUGUUCACCACCAAGCACUCGCUGCAGCUCCAUUCGUCCGCCAUCUCGUUCAUCACCUCGACACUGGCAGAGCAUGGACUCUUGGAACAACCACUCGAAUGGGAGGAAGCCAUCGAUGCGCUUGCACAAGGCGUCGUCGAGGGUCAGUCCGACGUCGAUCCGAAAACGCCUUCCACCUCUCGGGCAGCUACACUAGCUCGCAACGGCUCGGCUGGCCGCGGGCUCGAUGACGAUGACAGCACGGAUCCGUCCGACGUAGUGACAGCAGCGGCACUCGAGAAGGUCUACUCCAGGCUCGUAGUUGCCGACUCUGCUGCUCAUACCAACCCCGGCGUCGUCGACGAUGGCGUUCAUCGGCAUCCGCACGAGCUCACAGAUGGAGAGCUGCCAGAUCCGCAUCGAUACUUUGGCGUCCACUCCGCCUUCUCCCAGCCAAAGCUCGCCUUCGACCCCAUUCGCAAAGUCUUCGAAUCAUCAGCGUCAUCGCCAACAGUACUGCCAACAGCAUCGACUCGAUCGUUGUUCCCAAGACAGCGAUAUCACAUCCUCAAGAGCGUCAUUUCGAGGAACGAGAACUUCUGCCCGCCGCUCGCCAUCCCGACCGCAGGCUCCUCAUCCUCGUCACGCAACAACGCAGCGGACGGCUUCAUGAAGCUCACCUCGACCAAGAACCUGCUCGGACGACAAGGGCAGCGUUUCCUGCUUUUUGGCAUGCUCAGCACCUCGUCCGACGGUCGUUACGAGCUCGAGGACGCAGAUGGAACAGUUGGCCUCGACCUCGAGAAUGCGAUCCCCGGCGAAGGCAUCUUCACCGAGGGCAGCUUGAUCCUCGUCGAAGGCGAAUACACCCAGGAGGAACGAAUCCGCGUCUUUGCCAUCGGUCAUCCACCGAGCGAGACGCGAGCACAGGCACGAUUGAUUCAUGCCCACACCGACUUUUUAGGCCCGCCACAACCGCCCACCGUCGCUUCUGCCUCCGCACCCAGUCGAGCCGCAACAUCCGCGCCGUGGAGGGGAGCCAUGUCGGUCAAGGAAGAAGCGGCCUUCCAAGUGCACGAGGCCAAUCACUCCGACCUAUGCUUUGUCAUCUUUUCCGACCUUCAUCUGGAUCAUCCCAAGACGAUGUCCGCGUUCGCCACGGUGCUGCAGGGAUAUGUCGACGCCGAGUUCAUCCCCUUCGCGCUGGUGCUGUGCGGCAACUUUGCGAGCCAGCAGUACUCGUCCGCUGACAUGGUGGACAAGUACAAGACGGGCUUUGCGGCGUUGGGCGAGACGCUCUCGUCAUUCCCAGCGGUGGUGCGGACCAGUCACAUCAUCAUCGUUCCCGGUCCGCAAGAUCCGUUUUCGACCUCGCUCGUUCCGCGACCGCCGCUUCCAACUUUGCUCGUGCAGCCGCUACUCUCAAAGCUCAAGCCCCUGCACGCGACGAUUCACCUCGCCUCGAACCCAUGUCGCCUUUCCUACUUCUCCCAACAACUGGUCAUCUACCGCGACGACACGAUGACGCGUUUCCUGCGCAACACAGUGCGCAUCAAGGACGAGACGCACGAGCAGGAGCGCGAGGAGCGCGAAAAGGAGGAACGCGAUCUCAAAAAGUUUCUCGUCUCGACGGUGCUGGAUCAGGCGCAUCUCGUACCGUUGGCGCAAAGGAUUCGACCGGUGCUGUGGGACCACGAUCACGCGCUGAGCCUGUAUCCCAUGCCCACGGCGCUCGUGCUCGCAGACGCCUACGAUCGGUACGAGCUGACCUACGAAGGAUGUCACGUCGUCAAUCCGGGCUCGUUCCGCUCGGGCAGCGGGUUCGCCUGGUCGACCUACUAUCCUGCGACUCGAAGGACCGAGCCCAGCGAGCUGCCUUUGAACUGA